CUGUUUCUGCAGAAGAGGUUCAAACGAGAACGAGCAUUUGAUUUAGCUCAUAUUGAAUCAGACCUCGAGGAAGAGGAACUACGUAAAGCUCGAUGGGAACAGUCUCGGGCAAAAGAUUUCGCACUGUUCAGAGACAAAAUGUGCCAGGAUAAAUGUAAUGAUAAUCUAAGACGUGGUCUGGAUAUGGUCAAGACCUCCAUUGAUCAGUACCUAGUAAACUCACAGCUGAUAAUACUUAAGGUUCUUUUGUUGAAGGCGCACGUGGCGUUCGGAAGCAUCGGCGUGCCACCGUUAGUCGAUGGGACGGACCUUAAGUUUUUUUGCCGUCUGGACAAUCAGCAUAGUCGUUGUUUGCAUGACUGUGGUUUUGCGGUGCAAUUCAAUAUGCACGAUUUCAUUUGCAAGCGGUAUUACCUAGAGGUUGUUGUAAUUUUGAUUGUUUCCAAUAGAUUUUGAAA